UCUCCGCGCGUCCACACCGGUGAGUGCAGCAGCAGGCCGGCCCGGGAACAACUUUGUUCUCUUUGUCAAAGUCAGUUAAAAAAAAAGAAAGCCAAACGGGAAGCUGAAAGUCGUAACCAUGGCUGACUCAAUGGGACAGUGUGUGCCGGUGGCUGUGUUCAAGCUUGUGUUGGUAGGAGAUGGAGGCACAGGAAAAACUACUUUUGUGAAGAGGCAUAUUACAGGAGAGUUUGAGAAGAAGUAUGUAGCAACCCUGGGAGUUGAAGUGCACCCACUGAUGUUCCACACCAACAGAGGACCCAUUAAGUAUAAUGUCUGGGACACAGCUGGUCAAGAAAAGUUUGGUGGUCUGAGAGAUGGCUACUACAUUCAAGCUCAGUGUGCGAUCAUCAUGUUUGACGUAACCUCUCGGGUCACUUACAAGAAUGUGCCAAACUGGCAUCGUGACCUGGUGCGCGUCUGUGAGAACAUUCCCAUCGUUCUUUGCGGCAACAAGGUAGACAUCAAAGACAGGAAAGUCAAAGCCAAGAGCAUCGUGUUUCACCGCAAGAAGAACCUGCAGUACUAUGACAUUUCUGCCAAAAGUAACUACAACUUCGAGAAGCCCUUCCUGUGGUUAGCAAGGAAGUUGAUUGGUGAUCCCAACUUGGAGUUUGUGGCUAUGCCUGCCCUUGCUCCCCCAGAGGUCCAGAUGGACCCCACCCUUGCCGCUAAAUAUGAGGAAGAGCUUCAAGUUGCAUCACAGACAGCACUCCCAGAUGAAGAAGAUGACCUCUAACCUGUUUUCUGGUGUCCCUGCCCCACCCCACCCCUUCCCCAGCCGUGGACAAGAAGUUGUUGAGUUUUGCCCCCUUAACUGUAAAAUCCCUUUUCAGAUUUUUUUAUUUUCGAAUUUUUUUGUUUUAAAACUAAAAAAAAAAAAAAACUUGCGAAAGUUGUGGUUCUAAUUUCACUGUAUGACACGCCCACCCCAGUGUUGUUGGCAUGGCAACGUGCUAUUCAUCAAGCACCUUCCACUGCACAUACCCAGCUCACGGUAUACUGGGAGCACUAAGGGGAAUAAACUUUGAAUAAAACAUUCUCAAUAUACCAUGUUCAUGCUGUUGAUUUUUCUUUCCUCCUUUUUUGGACGUUGUAUUCCAUGCAGUCAGAGGGAUGCUUGUGUAGUUCAGAAUUGUUACAAAUGCCUUGUAAACUAGAUUUAUUUCUUCCGAGAUACAGAAAUAAUAAAAAGUUGAAUUA